UGCUUGGCUUCCGUUUCUUCUCUACACAAUGCUUCAUAGUUCAUACUUCACAAUUCUCAGUUAAACGGCAUUUACCUUCAGGAGUCUCACUUUAAUCCUUCAGCUUGAUGGACUCAUAGAGUCCACACUCAGUUGUUUGUGUCUGUUAGAAGAAAACAGAAAAUGGCUUUGACGCUGCAUGAAUUCACACAAUGUGUGAAUCUGAAAACAUUACCACGGGUUCUCCAGAUUCAGUCAGGAAUCUACUGUCAAGGCUGUGUGUAUGAGAUGUUUGGAAGAGAAUGUUCUCUGUCGACAGGAGAUCUGCUGAAAAUCAUUGAUAUCACAGUGUCAGGAUUCACUGCUGUCAGUUCCAGUAACACACACAUCGAUCUUCCACUCGACUAUCCCGGUCUGUUUAAACUGAUAGCCGACAUUGAGCCGUACAAAGGCGUCGAAGAAAUCGUGGAGUCGGUGAAGAUAAGUUUUCACAGGUUGGGUCAGCCUGCGUUCAUCACCCGCUCAGACAUACAGCUCCCGAAUGGACACGUUAGAGAGAGAGAAGCCUUUAAAGUCACAGACGUCAACAUUCGACCUGAUGGAGGUCAUGUGAACUGUGAGCUUUUUCACAGAGAACCAAAGUCGUGCUUCAGUCUGGCUUUCUGUCAGCAGGGUCCCUUCAUGGAGUGUGAAGACGAUCAGUUUUACACGCUGAAGGAGAUCGCAGACUGGAAGAUCUCUAAAGGCCGGACGAGAUCUGUUGUUCAGGUCAAAGAUCUGCCUAAGAAAGACUUUUUAUUUUCCCAUUUGUUGGAGAACGUGUGUGGAGAGUUGAUCUUGACUCCUGUCUAUGAGCUGAAAGCCGUUACAAGACUUAGCCAGAAGGUUUUGCUUAUCCCGUCCAAUUUGGACGUGGAGGUGAUGGAUGUUACAGGGCAGUUCGACUGUGAUUCUUUUGAGCAGCAUUUCUCUCUGAAGGACGUCUAUAAGAGUCCUCCUGAGUUGUUCCCGGUCGUGGCUGAGCUGUCAUGUCUGAGUUCAUUCAAACUCUCACCCGAGUUGAACUCUCUGGUUCAUUCCGAUCAGGUGAUCAUUCAUCAUUCUUACUGUCCCAAACGAAUCUUGGCCUCAGAAAUGUGUAGCGAAUCUCCCAGACGCUUUCUCAUUCCGGAGUCCUACAACGGACGCUUGAAACGCAGGCCACGGAGGUUCCCCACCGCCUAUGACCUGGAGCGUGCUCGGAGUGAGACGGAGGAGAUACGCGUCGUGGCCACCAGAGAGUUCGAGUCCGAAUGCGACCGGCUCGCUUCCGUUCACGACGGAGAUCAGUUUGUAGUGACCAAAGGAAAACGAGGUGAGAUUUCACACGACGGGACCGAGAAGGCUGCAGACGCUUUUGAAUGUCUGAAGAUCGGAGAGAAGAGUCAAGAGCUAGAGGUGAAGGAGUCUGUGCACCUCCCCAUGUGUUUGGAAGGUGGAUUUGUUGAGCUUGUUAGCGACAAGCGUCAGUACACCAUUGCAGAGAUAUGCCGAUGGUUCCCGCUGCCCUUUAAUGUCAAUGUGUCCAUGCGUGACCUCUCUCUGAAGGUGGACGUUCUGGCCGGAGUGCCCGGUCUGUGCAUCGAGGAGGAGAUCUCUGACCCCUGCCUCCUCGUGUCCACCUUCGACCUCUCCGAGAUGAUGGAGGUGCCGGUAAACCGUACGGACUUAACCCUUAAAAUCAAACAGCCGUGGACUGGCGAGAGUCUGGCACGCAAUGGGAUUUCAGCCGUAGAGGAGAUCUCAGAGGACUGUUACUUUACCCUGAGGAGGUACGCUGUUGCUACGGUGACACCCCCUCCAAGACCUCCGAAAAAGUCCAAGAAUCCUCCUCCGCGGCCUCCCAGGAUCCUCUCAUCCAGAUCUGAGCAAACGCAUGCCAAGGACUCCAGCUGCUCUCCAAAGAAUUUUCACAUUGAACCUUUUAAGCGAGAAGAAGAAAGCAGUGACUCCAGACAUGAUAAAAACACUCUCAUCAGUCCUAAAGUCUCCCUAGAGAAAGCUCUUGCUAAGGGUGGAAGUCUGGACAACAUAUCCACUAAAAGAAAUGAAGACGAGGAUGACGUGCACGAUUAUGAAUACAUAGACGAAGAUCAGCUGGACAACAUCAGGAAGACGAAACCCAGUAACACAAUAUAAAUAC